UCUGUUUGUUUAUAUCGUCACGUAGACAACCCUUAAAAACGGGUUCAGUUGAUAGAAUAAGAAUUAAUUUAUAAUACAUAAAUAAAAAAAGUACGACUUUGUUGUGGGCGUGGAAAACAUUCGUGUUGCUUUCACGUUGUUUCUAGACGGGUUGUUGUUCAGUCGUACAGGAGUAACGCCGUAUUUCCUCCUGCUGCAUACAAAACAAAGGGGGUGCCGACUUGUUUGCCUCCAAAAAUGAGUUUGUUUUUGCCCAAAUUGACUUGCAAAAAAGACAUAGAUGAAGUCAUUAAAGGCGUCGCGGAGAAGGUGUUAGUCUUGAGAUUCGGCAGAGACGAAGACUCGGUUUGUCUCCAUCUGGAUGAGAUUCUGUCAAAAACAGCUCAUGACCUGAGCAACAUGGCCUCAAUAUACAUUAUUGAUGUGGAUAAAGCUCCAAUCUACACCAGAUACUUUGACAUCAGCUACAUCCCCUCCACUGUUUUCUUUUUCAAUGGACAGCACAUGAAAGUGGAUUAUGGCUCUCCAGAUCACACCAAAUUUGUCGGCAGCUUCAAGACCAAGCAAGAUUUCAUGGAUCUUAUUGAAGUCAUUUACAGAGGAGCCAUGCGUGGGAAGAUGAUUGUUCAGAGUCCAAUAGAUCCUCAAAAUAUUCCAAAAUAUGAUCUCCUCUACCAUGGUAUUUAGAGUUAGAGUUCCCACCUACACAGUGUGGCCUUAUGUUUAUAAGGACGUAUUGCUGUUGGCAUCAACCUCUUCCACCAUCAUUUAAUAAAAUGCUGGUUAACGACUCGACUAAAGAUAGCUCUUUUUUGUUUUGACACACUCUAAAAAAUUCUCAAUAUAAAAUAAUUGUUAGUUUUUUAGAUUGCGAAUAAAGAACUUGAAAGCCUUUAUUUAUUUACUUUUUACUGGGCCUUUAUUUAGAGACUUUUUACUGGGCCUUUAUUUAGAGACUUUUCCUUCGGUCAACACAAAUAUUUGAGGAUAAGGUGACGGUAAACAAAUAAAUUGCUAACUUGUUAACAUAGUUUGAAAGAAUAUUGGUUUAAGACUGGUUUUGCAAAUGUUUACUGCUGAAGUAAUUGUCGGUAAUCCCUCAAGUAUACACCCAAUCUUUUCAUCAGUAAAAGUAAACUCACAUUUUGUUUACAAGUAAACUGCACAGGGAACAGGUAAAGAAAAUGUCCACACAAGAACACUGUUUACCCAAACAUCUGUGAAAUGCAUCAAAUUCAUAUGUGAUUGAGUUGCUCAUUUCAGUGUUUGGUUCCCACAAAUACAACACAAAACAUGAAAUAUUUUCUCAUGAUAACAGGAAGAAGAAAACUUAUUAUACCUGCCCCUUUGAUCAUGUAAGAGUUUUAAAUGUGGAACAGACUGACAUUUAAAUAAAUAAAAGACCAAAAUCAGUUUGAUUUAACCCUAACCCAUUAUUUUUUCCCUUUUUUAUUUUCUUACUGUUUUGAACUAUACAAUUUGAUAUGGAAGGUCUGAUUAUUGAAAAACAUGUUUUAUUUCGUUCUAUUUGUUUCUUCUGAAAAGGCUGUGUCAUUAUGAUGUUUCCCAUGGAAAAGAGCUGCAUGUCAGCAGAGAGAUACACUUUAUUUAUCCAAUGUCUGUGCUUUGUUUGUACAAUAAACUUGAUUAUAAAACUAUA